AUGAAUUCGAGCUACGCCCCCGACCUCUCGACCGCGCUUUCCCUUACACUCUAUACCGCGCUACUGUCACAAAGAGAUGUAGCCAGCAGGAUUCCAAUCAACUAUGUCACAGCACCAGGAGUUGACCUGACCCCCGUCUGUUUUUCGGACCGGCGAUACGAAGAUGCUGCUGCACAGCAGUGCUUGUCAAACCUCCUUGCACUUGGCUUCCAUAGGCUGAUUGUCGACUUGUACUGGGACCAAAGCCGGCAAACAUGGAGUCUGUGCCCCGUCGAACUCAGCAGUCAAGGAAACUCGACCACGCCUAUCAAUACUGGAGGCUUUCCCAGCAGUCUCUCUACAUCGUCUUCUUCCACAAGCCCAUCAGCUACUCUGACAGAAGCCAGAGUUGCUGGAGAUACCGUCGAGCCCUCAAAGCGGCACAUUCUCCGCAGCUCCUUGAUCAGUGCGAAUGAUGAUGUGCACCAGUGGGGGGAAAUCCAUGCCCGACAAACAUCCGAAUUUUCCUCCGAGUCUGCUGCUGCUGCAUCUAUCACCAACGCAGCAUUGACGGCCGCUACACUUGCAAGCGAUGCGAGCAGUCUCAGUCUGACCAGCGGAGGCAGCUCUGCAGCAAUGUCGCAGACUUCCUCAACUGCUCAACCAUCGCAAACUGGACUUCAGAUUGGCAGUUACUCAUGUACCGAGAGCAUUGGUAUCUCCACCUUGACCGACGUACUAGCGGACUAUUUCGAAGCGACUGAGAACAACCUUAACGCGACUUUCAAGUACCUUGAAUUCAACGUGCGACUAGCUGCCCCAUUUGAUGAUCCGACGGACACGUCGAGCCCAGCCGAUCCUCAAAGGUUGCCCACCUUUGGAAACUACAUUAGCGAUCUUAUUAACUCAUCUCUCUCUUCAUAUAUCUAUACGCCAGCUGCUCUUCGGUCCGAGAGAGCCAAUCUCAAUUCAUCCUGGUUCGCACACGACAUUCAAAACCCUCCAAUAGUGGAGUACAUGACGACGAUACCACUGGGUAAUGGCUCCGCGCUAUAUACGCCAGAUGGAUGGCCCAGUGAGAGUAUUAUCAUGUUUCUGCAUGCACUGCGUAUUAUAGCGGGUAUUGGAUCAGUCGAUUCGCAGAUGCAACAGUAUGAUUUCAACGCAGAUGCCGAAACCAUGUUUCUUCCUGGAUACAUCUCUAACAAUAUUGGUACGACGAUAUCUUCCAAUGGUACAGUCACAAGUGGAUGCUUUUACCAACCUGGCAACACCACACUUUCUGCAUCGAACUCUUCAUGGGCCAUCUCCAGCAACCUUCCCAACAUGACAUCUCUGAAUACGACUGCCGAUGCUGCUCUGAAUCUUUCAUCGUGUGGUAUCUCACCGAUACUGAACAAACCACUUUUGGGCAGCUUGGCAAUAGGUAAUAGCACAACAUAUUACACGUAUGUACGCGACUCUCUUUGGGGCUGGGGCGAAGAUCAGCCUGGCGACAGUCUGACGACGGGGACCACCGGUCGACAUUGCGCAAUAACAAAUCUGAGCAACGACGGACUUUGGGAAGUAGCCGACUGCACCGAUGAGAACCACUUCAUCUGUCGCCGCAACAACUCUCCUUACGAGUUCAGCGUUAGCGACGACAAGGCGCUUUACUACCAGGGAGACGAAGCGUGCGACCAAAAUUCUAGCUUUGCUGUCCCUCGUACUGCACUGGAAAAUCGCUACAUGAUUGCAGCUGCGCGAGAUUGGCUGUCUCGACAGACUGAUUUGGACGGCCCCCCGGUCGCCUGGCUUAGUAUCAACGAUAUCGAUACCAAGAACUGUUGGGUCAGCGGUGUGGACGCGGUCUGCCCUUACCGCCAUGAAGACAGAGAUGGGAGCAAGCCUAAAGUUGUCAUUCCCACGGUUGCGGGUGUUAUUGUGUUGCUUUUGGCGAUAUUGACGAUCCUUGUCAAGUGUGCUGCCAACAGACGGAACACUAGACGACGACUCAAGCGCGGCGAAGGAGGUUGGGAUUAUGAAGGUGUACCAUCAUGA